AUGAACGGCCUGAAGAUAAUUCAGGUCAACUUAAACAAACAAAUGAUCGCCUCCGAACAACUGAGGGACAUAUGUUUGAAGGAUAAGGUUGAUAUCAUACUCGUCCAAGACCCACUCAUAAUUAAUGGCUACGUGACUUGCUUCGAGGGCUGUCGACAGAUUCUAUCCGAUGACAAUCCUGAAGCUGCCAUAAUUAUAACAAAUAAUAAAAUCAAAGCAAUAAAAUUGGGACAAUUUACAACUCGUUAUGUUGCGGUUGCCAGAAUUGGCAUCGGCCUCAGUAAAGACGACGUUGUGAUAGUGUCAGCUUACUUUAGGUAUAACAAGCCCACAACAAUGUUCACUGAACUACUGACCAACAUCAGUUUGGCAAAUAGACGCCUAUUGAUUGGUGCUGAUUGCAACGGCCAUUCCAUAAGAUGGCACAAUGACUCCACCAAUACAAGGGGAAAGACAGUUGAGGAACUGGUCGAUGAUCAGGAUCUUCGCAUUAUAAACACCCCUCAAGAUCUAAAAACUUAUAAAAGGCACGGAAUGGGUGAGUCAAACAUUGACAUUACACUGGCCAGUACCUCGAUCAAUAGAUCAAUAAGAGGCUGGACCGUGACUGACCGGACAGACAGUGACCAUAGGACAUUAGAAUUCACUUUAAACCUCAAAAGUCCAAAAAGGAAAAUUGAAAACCCAGGUACAAGGUUUAAUACAGACAAAGCGGACUGGGACAAGUUUAGACUCACGCUCCUGGGUCUAAAGACAAAUAUCCAAGGCGAUUCUGUUGACGAAAUCGCACGCAGCCUAACAGAGGCUAUUGUCCAAGCAGCAAAGCUCUCCAUGCCAAUACGUGGAGGGGCUAAAACUGGUAUAACAACACCAUCGUGGUGGACGGAUGAACUCACCGAGUCAAAAAAGUCACUUCAGAGAACCAGGCGAGAGGGUCUCCCUGAUACAAACAGGCAGGCAUAUCAGCACCAAAGAAACCAACACCUGCAUAAAAUCAGACUCGCCAAGAUGAGUUCUUGGCGAUAG